AUGCUUCCUUCUAUACUUGGUUUAAUCACGUCGCCAUCCACAGAACUCUCGUCAAAGAUUAUACAGAGUCCCAGCGGCACAUCUAUCGACUCAGCCAUUUCUAUCCGCUCCACCGAUGGAUACUCAGAUACAACAAUAUCCUCGUUACCCACCAGUGUUAACGAGGUUGUCAGCGAGAAAGCGUCUACUAGAGUUAACGAAAUGGAAGCUAUGAAUGAUUAUUCAGAUUCUAUGCGCUCUAGCACUCGAGCUAGAAAAAGUACUACUUCAUACAAUAUCACAAUGCUUAGUAGAACUGCUAUUGAGGCGUUGGAAAGGGUUGAACAAAAUCUGACAGUGAUCGGAGUAUCCCAGGAACCUAAUCGAUAUAAAUCUAUUGGUACCUCGAAUAAUAGUAUCUCUGCCAUUAAGACCCCAUCUACUAGGUCACAGAGAGAGAGGCCCAUAUCGAGUUUUGAGACUAGCGACAAAUAUGCCCAGCAAUCUUCAGGAGCUAAAGCUCGGAGUGCUCCAAGAAAUAUGGGAGCUAAUAUCUCCCAUAAAGUACAAGAUUCAGUAGAGCGAAGAUUGACAAGAUCCUCUGGUCAAAAAUCAGAAAUUAAGGCUAUCAUGUUGCCCGUUUUAGCCAAGCGAGACCGGAGGAAGUCAGAGGGCUCUAACCGCAAGAAAAAUGUGAACCGGGAACUAAAUAAUUUAAUAGACUCGAACGAGUUCGCGAAAAUCGACACAGAACCCGUUAUACAUGAAGUCUGGAGUAAUGGAAAACUAGUAGUAGAAAAUAACUCACAAGAAAGGGAAAAAUCACGAAGGAAUAAUUCCUCGCGCAGAUCCAUAGAGGAUUCUGUCCCGCCAAGAACAAACUCCGUUUGUGGAGAAGGCAAAAUUUGGCUCAGCAAAGGACUGUACGCUGGCCAAGAUUGGAGUUCCGACCGCUUUGUACGCGGCUCAGGCACAAAGAACGGGGGGAAAUCAACCGACGAUCAAUAUAUCCCAAACAGAUCAUUUCCCCUACCUAUGUGGUAUGGUCGCCGCUUGCUUGAAUUUGGGAGAGACUUUAAGCUACCGUUUGACGUUUGCUCACCUCUUCCGCCUGGACAACCUCAGCCAGAUGAAUGGAGAAAGGCAACAAAAAAUCGCUUUAUUGGUGAUGCCGGUGCUCUAUGGAAAGUCUCUAAAUUUUCCUACAGUACAUCCUCAAAGUGUGUAUGCAAGUCUGAAAAUGGUUGCGGCGAGGACUGUCAGAACAGAAUAAUGUUCUAUGAAUGCGAUGACUCAAAUUGUGCAGUAGGUAGUAAGUACUGUACCAAUCGAGCUUUCGCCGAAUUACAAGAGCGUCGUAAAGCCGGUGGCAAAUACAGGGUUGGAGUCGAGGUGAUAAAAACUGCUGAUCGAGGAUAUGGAGUUCGAUCCAACCGCUGCUUUGAACCGCAUCAAAUUAUUGUCGAAUACACCGGAGAAAUUAUUACCGAAGACGAGUGUGAUCGUAGAAUGAAUGAGGACUACAAAGACAAUGAUUGUUAUUAUCUCAUGUCAUUCGAUCAAUCUAUGAUUAUUGAUGCCACAAAAGGCAGCAUUGCUCGUUUUGUCAAUCACUCCUGUAAGCCGAAUUGCCGAAUGGUCAAGUGGAUAGUUGGGGGAAAUCCACGCAUGGCACUAUUUGCCGGUGACGAGCCUAUUAUGACUGGUGAUGAGUUAACAUAUGACUACAAAUUUGAUCCAUUCUCCAGCAAAAAUAUUCAGCAAUGUCGUUGCGGUAGCAAUAAUUGUCGAGGUGUACUGGGCCCACGACUAAAAGAUUCAAGGCUCGCCAGGGACUUUACAAAAGAUUGUACACUGAUUUCGAACUCCUCAGCCAAAAUUGGGAAGAGAAAGAUUAUGGAAAGCCCGACAGAAAAGGACAUCAAUAAUACACGAACCCCUAAGAGAAAAAAGAUCGAGAAUGAUUCGGAUCAGAAGUUGUAUUUACCAGAUUUUACAGCCGACUUUAAAAAUAACAUCGAAAAAAUAGAAAUAAAUUCCAACUCAAAGCCCUCCCAAGCAAAAUUUUCAAUCGGGGUCCGGCAAACCAUACAAACAAAAGAUGAAGUCGGAGGUGGGAGGAAAUCAUAUUCCCAAAAUUUAAAUACCAAAACUGACACUUCAGACACGAGCCAACGAGAUAUCUUCCCUAAAGAUUCUAAUCAUACGGAGAGAAAAUUAAGAUUUGCACGCAAGACGACUAAAGAGGCCCCAGGAAGAAAUAAACGCACAUCCGUAGGAACUUCUGAACGGGUAAAGGGAUCAUAUAGACUAAAAUCCCGAAGUUUAAGAAGCUUCAAUAAAUAA